AUGAGCAGGUCCGCGGCGCUGCUGCUCUGCCUGCUGGGCUGCCACGUCUGGAAGGCGGUCACCAAGACGCUGCGGGAGCCCGGCGCCGGAGCCCAAGAGGUUACAUUGAAAGUGCACAUCAGCGACGCCAGCACCCACCAGCCCAUCGCGGAUGCGCUCAUCGAGAUCUUCACCAACCAGGUCUCCGUCGCCUCUGGCACGUCGGGGACAGAUGGCGUCGCCUUUGUCAAGUUCCAGUAUAAGCUGGGCAGUCAGUUGAUCGUCACCGCCACGAAGCAUGCCUACGUGCCAAACUCUGCCCCAUGGAGGCCAAUCCGAUUACCUGUAUUUUCUUCCCUGAGCCUUGGCCUUCUUCCAGAACGAUCUGCUACUCUAAUGGUAUAUGAAGAUGUUGUCCAAAUAGUAUCAGGUUUCCAAGGUGCCCGGCCGCAGCCUCGCGUGCAUUUCCAGAGAAGGGCUCUGAGGCUGCCCGAGAACACCAGCUACAGUGAUCUGACUGCUUUUCUCACGGCCGCUGGCUCCCCCUCGGAGGUGGACAGUUUUCCUUAUUUGCGAGGAUUAGAUGGAAAUGGAACAGGAAAUGGCACCAGAUAUGACCUGACCCCGAUCACAGCCGUCAGCGUCCACUUGCUCAGUAGUAAUGGAACACCGGUGCUGGUCGAUGGUCCCAUCUAUGUUACUGUGCCCCUGGCCACACAGAGCAGUUUGAGGCACAAUGCCUAUGUCGCAGCAUGGCGGUUUGACCAGAAGCUGGGAACGUGGCUGAAGAGUGGUCUGGGCCUGGUGCACCAGGAGGGCAGCCAGCUCACGUGGACGUACAUCGCUCCCCAGCUGGGGUACUGGGUGGCAGCCAUGUCUCCUCCUAUCCCAGGUCCCGUUGUAACACAGGACAUUACCACGUAUCACACGGUGUUUCUUUUGGCCAUUUUAGGAGGAAUGGCUUUCAUACUUUUGGUUUUGCUGUGUCUCCUUUUAUAUUAUUGCAGGAGAAAAUGCUUGAAGCCUCGUCAGCACCAUAGAAAACUGCAGCUCCCUGCAGCCCUCGAGAGUUCCAAAAGAGACCAGUCAACUUCCAUGUCUCACAUCAACCUGCUGUUUUCUCGCCGGGCAUCAGAAUUCCCAGGCCCACUGUCCGUCACCAGCCACGGCCGCCCUGAGGCCCCAGGUACAAAGGAGCUGCUAAGUGGAGUCCAUUUAGAAAUGAUGUCUCCCAACGGAGAAGGUGAUCUGCACACCCCUAUGCUGAAGCUCUCCUACAGCACCUCGCAGGAAUUCAGCUCUCGGGAGGAGCUUCUCUCUCAUAAGGAGGAGGAUAAAAGCCAGAUCUCUUUUGAUAACCUGACACCCAGUGGGACCCUGGGGAAGGACUACCAUAAAUCCAUGGAGAUUUUUCCCUUAAAGGCAAGAAAGUCCCUGGAAAGAGAAGGCUACGAGUCCCCCGGCAAGGAUGACUACAGAGGUAGUUACAAUGCCAUGGUCUCACAGCCUUUAUUUGAAAAGCAGGACCGAGAGGGUCCAGCAGCCACAGGAAGUAAACUCACCAUUCAGGAACACAUGUACCCUGCGCCUUCAUCUCCUGAAAAAGAACAGCUGCUGGACCGCAGACCUACUGAAUGUAUGAUGUCGCGGUCAGUAGACCACCUGGAGAGACCCACAUCCUUCCCGCGGCCGGGCCAGCUGAUCUGCUGCAGUUCCGUGGACCAGGUCAACGACAGCGUUUACAGAAAGGUCUUGCCUGCCUUGGUCAUCCCCUAUGUCAGCCAACCUCUGGUUGUCCCAGCUGACCAGCAGCUUGACAUAGAAAGACUCCAGGCUGAGCUGUCCAACCCGCACGCAGGGAUCUUCCCACACCCGGCCUCGCAGAUCCAGCCCCAGCCUCUGUCCUCCCAGGCCAUCUCUCAGCAGCACUUGCAGGACGCGGGCACCCGGGAGUGGAGCCCUCAGAACGCAUCCAUGUCAGAGUCCCUCUCCAUCCCGGCGUCCCUGAACGACGCGGCUUUGGCUCAGAUGAACAGUGAGGUGCAGCUCCUGACCGAAAAGGCACUGAUGGAGCUUGGCGGGGGGAAGCCGCUUCCCCACCCCCGGGCAUGGUUUGUCUCCCUGGAUGGAAGGUCCAAUGCUCACGUUAGACAUUCCUACAUUGACCUCCAGAGAGCUGGAAGGAAUGGAAGUAAUGAUGCCAGUUUGGACUCUGGUGUGGAUAUGAAUGAACCAAAAUCUGCCCGGAAGGGAAGGGGAGACCCUUUGUCUCUGCCGCAGAACCACCCACCUGUGCAGGAGCACCAGCAGAAAGAGCCCCGAGCCUCGGACAGCACCGCCUACACGCAGCUCGUGUACCUCGACGACAUGGACCAGAGCGGCAGCGAGGGUGGCACCACGGUCUGCACCCCUGAGGACAGUGCCCUGCGCUGCUUGUUGGAAGGCUCCAGCCGGAGAAGUGGUGGCCAGCUGCCCAGCCUGCAGGAGGAGACGACCAAACGAACUGCAGACGUCCCCCCGGAGCCCUCAGCCAGUCCCCAACAGAGAAGAUCUACCCAUGACGAAGAGGAAGAUGACGACGAUGACGACCAAGGAGAAGACAAGAAAAGCCCCUGGCAGAAACGGGAGGAAAGACCCCUGAUGGCAUUUAACAUUAAAUGAGCCAUCACAGAGCCAUCCAACAGUGGAAUAUAAAAUUGCCAAAUAUCCCUUCUUGUGGAAGCGCGUACCUGUCUGGCAGUCGAACAACGGCCACCGUGGGAAGUGGACGUUGAUUGCAUUACGUGGCCGUGCAAAUGUUGGAAAGGAAUUAAAGCUGUUACUGGUGGGUGCCACUCCUCCAGUGAGGUGGCUGAAAGCAGUGUCUGAAUGUUCUUCCACGGACUUGACGUGUCCCCUGGCAGGGACGCUGAAAAACCGCACGUGAUGUCGCUACGCUCUAAUGAUAACCUCAGUUCUCGCUCAGAUGCUGGGAACAGACGAAACUCUUUUUGCAUUGCUUGAAUCAACUGCAUCACGAUAAUGCUA